CUUAUGCCACCAUUCAACCUUAGCAGCUUGACUCCAGCAACUUUCAUCUUGGCUGGCAUCCCGGGCAUGGAGAAGUCACACAUCUGGAUCUCGAUCCCCUUCUGCUCCAUGUAUCUGGCUGCCCUGCUGGGAAAUGGUGCCCUGCUGUUUGUUGUGAGGACAGAACGAAGCCUCCACCAGCCCAUGUACCUCUUCUUGUCCAUGUUGGCUGUCACUGACCUGAUGCUGUCAACCACGACUGUGCCCAAGAUGCUGGCUCUGUUCUGGUUCAGUGCAGGGGAGAUCUCCUUCGGCGCCUGCCUGACCCAGAUGUUCUUCCUGCACUUCAGUUUCUCGGCGGAGUCUGUGAUCCUGCUGGCCAUGGCCUUUGACCGGUUUGUGGCCAUCUGCUACCCCCUGCGCUACGCGGCUGUGCUGACGCAGUCAGCUGUUGUCAAAACAGGGCUGGUGGCUUUGCUGAGAAGUUUUUGCAUCAUUUUCCCGUGUGUAUUCCUGCUGAAGCGCCUGCCCUUCUGCGGGCACAAUGUCAUCCCGCACACCUACUGCGAGCACAUGGGCAUCGCCCGGCUGGCCUGCGCGGACAUCUCCAUCAAUAUUCUGUAUGGCCUUGCAGUGCCUUUCGCAGCAAUAGUGCUAGAUGUUGUGCUCAUUGCUGUCUCCUAUGUCUUAAUUCUACAGGCAUUAUUCAGACUCCUUUCCAGGACUGCCCGACACAAGGCUUUCAAUACCUGUGUGUCUCAUGUUUGUGUUAUAUUUCUUUUCUAUAUUCCUGCUUUUUUCACUAUUUUAACACACCGCUUUGGUCAGGAAAUCCCGCACCAUGUCCACAUUCUACUGGCCAACCUGUACGUGCUCUUCCCCCCCCUGCUGAACCCCAUCGUGUAUGGGGUGCGGAUGCAACAGAUAAAAGAGAAGUUCAUGAAAGUGUUUCUCUGCCCCUCAGUUCAUUUUCUGCAAGAAUAA